AUGUAUAUUAGUACUCGUUUACGAAUAUGUGCAUCUAGAAGUAGUUCUAUACAUCCCGAUAUACCACAAGAUUAUGGUCCUAAUAUUAAAAUACAACAAACAAAUAAUUGGAUGAAUAUAGAAGAAGAAACAAAAUGUUGUUUUCCUAUGAUCCAUUCUAAUCAUAAUAAUUCUGUUUACAUAAUUGUUCUUUUAUUUAUUCAUCUAUUCAAGUAUACAAAAGAAGAAAAAGAAAGAUAUUGUUUUGUUGUUAUUCAACAAUUAUUUCAAUAUUUGAUGCAAUUCAUUGAAUUAUGUUACUUUAUUGAAUAUUGA